AUGGAGGCGAAAUUAUGUCCGGAUGCCCAGAAAGUUCUGAAUGCGAUAAGACAUGCCGUUGCCUCAGAGAGGGUUGAAGACACGCCAGAGAACAUUGCUAGUGCAGCGGUCGGCACAUUUUUGGAGAUGAGCAGGAGAAGGGACUACUCGCGGAUGCAGGAGCUUCUCGAGAUAAUCAUUGCCCACAAAGACUACAUUGCUGAAAACAGCAGCGCGGAGCUUAUUAGGAGAAUCCUUUUGGACUUUAAGGACAAGAAGAUCCAUCUCCAGGGGCUCCAGAUAAUCAAGCACUUUAUAAAGAGUAAGAGAUACAGCAUGGCCCACUUCCGGAUCCUUGUUGAGGAUUGCUUUGGGAUGAAAGGGCUCAAGACAAGGUCCAUAGAGCUUGCAAAGCAGUAUCUCAAGAUGGACGAGUUCAGAGAGGAACUUCUUAGCCAUAUAUCUAGGCUCCAGGGUACCGAGCUGAUAAGGCACAUCAACUGUUUCUUUGAUGCCAUUGUGGAUAAGGCCGAUGCAGUGUCGAAGCUUGAUGAAUUUGCGAAUCCAGAACUGUUCAAGGACACUGGGUGCAGCGAUGUCAGAGCACUAUAUUCCGAAUGCUGCGACCUGCUCUACAACUACACCUCAAUGGAGAUGAAGGCCGAAGCCCCCUCUGAAAAGACCUUCGAGUACAUAAUGGAGAAGCUUCUGGUGUUCUUUGAGAUUCCUCUUCCCAGAGGAGGAAAGCUUCUGAAAACAUUUUCACUGCUUGCCGAAAAGGACUUGGGGGCAUUCAUAGGAAGUGGGAUGCGCCUGAUGCAAUUGAGUGCCAGCCUCAAGAAGGAGAUUGUGAGAGAGCUGUGUGAGCUGAAUCUGAAGAAUGAGCAGAUAUAUGAGUUUAUCAGAUCUGUGAGGCAUAUUCUCAUCCCUGAAUUCAUAGACCUGAUAAGACAUAUGGCAAGAAAGUUUGUGGAGGGAGACGACAGAUAUCGAUUUGCCCUCGGCACGGUGGUUGGAAUUAUGGGGAUGGAGGAUCUGUUUCUGCUGCUGGACGGCAUAUCAAAGGAAGUUAGAGUAUGGGCGCCCGUUAUUCGGUGUUCUUCUAAUGGAGACAUAUCGCUCUUCAUAAGGCUGUACCGUGACAUAGAAGAAAGAAAAGGUGCUGCAUCAAUUGACAAAACAAUCCUCCUGAACUGUCUCCCCGCAUUCUGUAACUACGGAUCGGAUCACAACAAUUCGAUUGAAAUGCUUCUUCAAAUCAUGAAGGCCAACAUGAGCAACCCCAACGUCUUCAACUCCAUAUGCACAGGAUUGAGAAAGCUGAUACACUCACAUGAAAGUAACAUCAAGAGCCAGCUGGUUCUUAGAAACCCCAUUCCGAAUGGUGAGUCUCAGAGGAUCCUGGGCUCGAUCCAGGAGUCUGCGAUUGCCCUGGACGUCCUCUCAAUGGCCAUCACCAGAUGCUCCGACGAGCUGGACCAAACUCUCUUCAAGCUGCUAGAGACAAACGACCUUGGACUCUCCAAUCGGGUGUUCCAAUACAUUCUUCUUUAUCCCCAGGUUGAGUCUAUUGCCAUUGGAAGCUGGAACCUGUCAGGGAUUUCAGAUGCACUGAAGAUUGCAAGGUAUUUUGUCCCGAGGAUGGACUGCGACUUUGAGAUCUACAGCAAGCUCAUGGAGCUAUCGCUUUCCGAGGACGGCAAGAUUCAAAAGAGAGCAUACCAACUCCUGUGGCACAUGAAGCAGCACCAGAAGAUUGAUCUGUGCAUCUGUGAUGCCUUGUUCUCCCAUGAGAUGGAUGAGAAGACAAAGGACUGCUCACAAAAAUGGAGAGCAGCUCUGAUCUACUCCGUAUACACCAUCGGAUGCAGAUGCUUUCCUGGCAGAAAGAAGGAGUAUCUUAACAGGAUGCUUCCUGUCCUUGUUGUGGGACUGAAGGCAGGAAAUGCAAAGACCCGGAGGGUUUGUCUGGAGAGCUUGGAGGAGCUUGUCUCUGGCUUUUGUGCCGAGGAGUUUGACCUCUAUUGCAGGCUAAUGAUUGCCGGAAUGGCAUCCGAAAGCAUGGUUCUCAGGUGCGGGAUAUUGGAAGCCGUUGUAUCGCUGAUGGAAAACCACAGGGAGAGACUAUCGCAAGAAUUCAUCCAGUCGGCAUACGAUGGAUGUCUUUCCGCCGGGAGGUUGGGGAGGGAGGCAGUUCCCCAUGUACUCAGGCUCUUGAACAUCUUUUCCGGUACCCAUCUAGUAAAUCUCGAAGGAUGUCUUGGAGUCCUAGAGUUGUACACAGAUGAGUUCAGGAGAAGACAUGCGGAAGACAUCAAAUCCGUCGUAUCAAAACUCAUCCGCAGGGAUGUGGAGAUCCCAAAAAAACUCAAGGCGCUCCUAAAGGAAAGGAAGAGAAGAGGCCACCAGCCAAUCUUGCAGAUAACGAAGAAGAACGACGUGAUGAUCACGCAGAAGAAGAAGAAGCAGAGCACCCCGUUUACAGGACACAGAAGGACAGUCAGGCCAAACAAAAAACACAAAAAAUAA